CGCCUGUCUUGUUCUGCUGCUUUCGUCUUCGUGGUUUUCUGUGGUUUUGCUGCGCUGCUCUAGUUCUUGCCUCAGCUGUCUGUGUCCGCUUUUGGUUCGCCAUAGAUCUCCGGAGGUGCGACCCUGUGAGUUCUGCAUUUCUGCUUCUUCCCCCUCCUUUUGGUUCGCCGCCUGUCUUGUUCUGCUUUUUCUCCCUUCUUUUGUUUCUUUUUUGCUGUUUUGUUUUUAUUUUUUCUGCAGUUAUGCGAUUUUUAAUUCUGCGGUUCUGACCAUAUUCCGGGAAUGAUGUUAUUGUUGUUCUUGUUGGUACGAUCAUUAGUGUUCAAUCCUGUUAAAUCCAUUGAAACACGGUUGACCGAUUUACUGUACAGUUCGGUUUUAAGAACAUUGGCUGGUACCGCCCAAUCAAUUUCCCGAGAAAAUCCAAGGAAAAUCGACUGGAAGAAAAUAAUGAGGGCUGCUGCUUCUCAGAGAUGGGGCUACGUUCGAAUCAUUGCUGGUACAAUCAUAGGAGGCAUCAUCGGAUUCUAUUUUAUGCACCGCAUGGAAAAUAAUUAUAAGGAGAAGAUGAACGAAAGACUGAGAAAUUAUGAAGCUGAAUUAAAGAGGAAGAAACAGGAGAGAUUGGAUGAGUUUGACGAAUCAUCAUAGUCUUCAACUCAUUGGGCUAUCUGCAACGUUCCCCUAUGAUUUACUCAUCGUGGAAGUUUAGUUUGAAUCUUCCGUGAGCUUGAUCAAAGUGCAUAAACAAUGGGCAAUGGCUUUACAUCAUUGUAUUAUGUGCUUCAAUAAACUUAAGCUUGUAGGGUUUUAUAGACACCUUCAAGGUUGAGUUAUGAAAACGUUUUGCUUCUUUGAAACACGAUCCACUAGACCAGUCAAGCGGGGCUUUAUUCUGAAAUGAGUGUGAUCUUCCAGUACCCUUCGAGCUGAAUGGUGAUCACUACCUUAUUGAUACAUUUAUUAAUAUAAAAAUGAUAUCUAAUUUGUUGCAUAAAUAAACCUAACUUUUGGGUGAAA